ACGUCACGGGGGGGAAACUGAAAAUUUCUGGGCAAUGUUUAAUUCCCACUAUUAUUUAUUCGCCCUUGUUCCCGUGUAUGGCCGUGAAGCUUUCGUAGUUUUAUGUGCUACUUCCUCCCCUCAGUCAUCGCCGAGGCUUCUCUGUCGUCAGCCUCACGUCCCGCAGAGGAAGGCUGACACUGUCACACAGCCACUGAACUUCCCGUCAAGACACGGCACGGGCGAAAAGAUCUGCUGCUGCUGCUGCUUCUGACAAAAAAAAAGGGGAACGACAUUGGGGGGUAUCAAGAGCAGAGAGAAGGACGCACUCGAGUCCGUCUGGGCAGAGAGACGGUGUCUUUGUCCUCCCGCUGAGGACGAGCAGAGGCAGGUCUGCUAAUUAGCCCGCAGAGAGGGGACGGUGAGCGGCGCGGCUAGCUGCAGGGAGUGAGUGACCGCUGGGCUCGUUUUUUUCAGCCACAACCGGGACAUUUAUCCGGCAAACUGAUGUUAGGUUUACCGAUGGGAGCCUUUUUCCGAUAGUCCUCCUUCCCUCCCUCACUCCCUCCCUCCGCCUACCCACCGUCGGACCCUGGCUCGGAUUCGCCGCUCGGGCGCAGUCCUCGCAGGGGGGUACCGGAUCACCAUCGCCCGGUCCAGCUAACUCCAGGCGGCGGUUCGGUCCCCCUGACCACUUCCCUGCCUCUGGCCGACUCUAGGCGAGCCCGACGAUGGCAGGGAACCUGAAGAAAGGCGGGGGGAUCAUCGGAAUGAUGAAGGAUGCCUUCCAGCCACACCACCACCACCUCCACUCCCAUCACCAGCCCGGGGCCGUGGACAAAAAGACGGUGGAGAAAUGCUGGAAGCUGAUGGACAAGGUGGUGCGUCUGUGCCAAAACCCCAAAUUGGCUCUGAAGAACAGCCCCCCUUACAUCCUGGACCUGCUGCCAGACACCUACCAGCACCUGCGCACCAUUUUGUCUCGCUAUGAGGGCAAAAUGGAGACACUGGGGGACAACGAGUACUUCCGGGUCUUCAUGGAGAACCUGACCAAGAAGACCAAGCAGACCAUCAGCUUGUUCAAGGAGGGCAAGGAGCGCAUGUACGAGGAGAACUCGCAACCCAGACGAAAUCUCACCAAGCUGUCGUUGAUCUUCAGCCACAUGCUGGCUGAGCUGAAGGCCAUAUUCCCCAACGGUCUGUUUCAAGGUGACAAUUUCCGUAUCACCAAAGCAGAUGCUGCAGAGUUCUGGAGACGUGCUUUCGGGGACAAAACCAUCGUGCCUUGGAAGGUUUUCCGUCAGUCUCUCCACGAGUUUCACCCUAUCAGCUCCGGCCUGGAGGCCAUGGCCCUCAAGUCAACCAUCGACCUUACAUGCAAUGACUACAUCUCUGUCUUUGAGUUUGACAUUUUCACCAGGCUGUUCCAGCCUUGGUCGUCCCUGCUGAGGAACUGGAACAGCUUGGCAGUUACUCAUCCGGGGUACAUGGCCUUCCUCACCUACGAUGAGGUGAAAGCUCGGCUGCAGAAAUUCAUUCACAAGCCCGGCAGUUACAUCUUCCGCCUGAGCUGCACACGACUGGGCCAGUGGGCCAUUGGCUAUGUGACAGCAGAUGGAAAUAUACUCCAGACCAUUCCCCAUAACAAACCUCUCUUCCAGGCUCUCAUAGAUGGUUUCAGGGAAGGAUUCUAUUUAUUCCCUGACGGCCGUACCCAAAACCCUGACUUGACAGGACUGUGUGAGCCUUCGCCUCAAGACCACAUCAAAGUCACACAGGAGCAAUAUGAGCUGUACUGUGAGAUGGGCUCCACUUUCCAGCUUUGUAAGAUCUGCGCUGAGAACGACAAGGAUGUGAAGAUUGAGCCCUGUGGUCAUCUCAUGUGCACAAUGUGUCUCACUGCCUGGCAGGAGUCAGAAGGUCAGGGGACAGGUUGUCCCUUUUGCCGCUGUGAGAUUAAGGGUACAGAGCCCAUCGUCGUGGAUCCCUUCGACCCCAAGGACAACAGCGGAGGCUCUUGCAGGGCGACGUUCGGGGCCGAGGGCGCGCCGUCACCCAGCUACGACGACGAUGACGACGACAGACUUGAAGACCCCCACCUCAUGAUGAGUAAACUCGCCUGCUCAAAGGUGGAGCGCCCCCCUUCACCCAUGUCUAUGGCUCCUCAGUCCUCUCUUCCCCCAGUGCCCCCCAGACUAGACCUGUUACCACACAGACCUCCCAACCCCCCUGGUGCCUCGAGCCCUGGGGUCUCCACUAAGGCAGCAUCUCACCACAAAGACAAGCCUCUCCCCCCUCCACCAGCGCUGCGGGAUCUCCCCCCUCCACCUCCUCCAGAUCGCCCCCACACAACCGGUAGUGCCCCAGAUCUAAGGCCUCAGAGGCGGCCGUUACCGUGCACUCCCGGGGAUCCCCCUCGAGAUAAGCUCCCUCCCACACCUCCGAACCGGCCCCUGGCUGACUGGAUGUCCAGACCUGUUCCCAAGGCCCCCAUCUCCUCCUCCUCGUCCUCGUCAUCCUCCUCAUCCACGCAAGUCUCGAGCCUGGGAGUGGACCUUCGAGCAGGUGUCCGGGAACUCUCCAACAGGCACUCCCUCCCCUUGGCACUGCCUUCAGCUCUGGACACCCGCUCAGACUCGCAGAAGAACAACAGCUCUCUCAGUCUGGACCACCAGCUGACUUUUGCCGCAGUAGUUGGUCAAGAUUAUGACAACCCCAAAGUCAAACCUUCCUCCUCAGCCAACGCCAUCUACGCUCUGGCAAACAGAGCAACUCCAGCCUCACGACAAGUGACGGGAGAGGAGGCGCGAGACAGUGACGAUGACUCGGAGUACAUGAUCCCUCGCCCCAUCCUGCCCCCCAUCACAGCGCCACCAGAAAGGGAGACCCCACCUGUACCGAGGCCCCCGCAGCCUCACUCCUUAUUAACACUCCAGUCACAGAACCCCGCCUCCAUACUCAACUCACGACUGGUAUUGGGAGACUUAGAGGACAAUCCUCUAAUGUAUGAAGCCAUGUACAACAUCCAAUCCAAGUCACAACAAGCCAGAGAUUCAGAUUAUUCAGAGUUGCCGCCUCUGGCGUUGUCGAACGGCCCCCGGGACCACGCGGCGGAGGACAGGGACGAGGAGGAGGAGAACGGCUACGACUACCCAAAACCCCGGCUGCCGAUGCCCCCCGCCCGACGCACCCUCUCAGAAAUGGGAGGGUCUUUGUCGUCGUCUUCCUCAUCCUCCUCCUCAUGUUCGUCCUCUACAGCUGCUUUCAACCGGUUUUCUCUAGAUUCAGAACCUGGAGCUGCAGCACCCUUCACAGAGGCGGUGGAAGCUCCAGAGAGACCUCCGAAGCCCCUGCCCAGACGAAUCAACUCGGAGCGUCGGCCCAGCCCCGUCCCGCCCGUCCCCGCUCCACCCUGCAGUGGGGCGACAGGAGGAGAAGCCAACCCCGAAAUCAGUAGCGAGAUCGAGCACCUCAUGAGUCAGGGCUACUCUUACCAGGACAUUCAGAAAGCACUGAUGAUUGCACAGAACAAUAUCGAAAUGGCCAAGAAUAUCCUGCGUGAGUUUGUCUCCAUUCCCUCCGCACACAUUGUUACAUAGCACACUCUCCGUGCCUCCCUCUCGUGUUCGCUCUCACGCCCUAGCUUGGCCCAGCCUGGUUCGGUUUAGGUUGGCACAGACCAGCCCAAAACCCAAAGCCCAUUGCCUGCAGCACUACCUCCGGUGCUGGCUGACGCCCUACUCCCCUGUGGAUUUUUAACCGGCUGUUACUGCAGCGAGCUCACCGUAUCUCUGGGACUCUGCACCCUGCACUCCAUGCGCUUUCGAAAAGUGUCAGGCCUUUGUUUUGUUUUUUUUGUUUGUUUUUUUGUUUUUUUAAACUGCUACAGCGGGCCUCUUCGUUUCCAAGAACAUCUCGAGACUGACUGAGCGCGUGCAGAAGAGAGACAGGACGUGACUUAAGACGAGACUUUCGUAGGAAUCCUGGGAAGAGAGAUUCUUUCAUGUUAAAGGCUCUUGCUGAUGUAACCAACACCUCACAAAUAAAAACUAAAAAUGUAUGUCUAUAUGAAAAUUUAAUAUAUGAGUAAAUAUAUAUUAAAUGUGUGUAAUAUAUACAGUACGUGCAUAUAUAGUAUGUGAAAAUGACUUCAGCUUUGAGGGUGGCUGCAGGUCCAAGCGUGUAUGGGUGGACGGGGACCAGAUUAAAGGGGGGGGGUUUGGCCCUUUCUGUCGGACAGAGACAUGUUGGACUUUUGAGAAGAGACACAUGAGGAUGGGGGAGAGUCGGGUGGGGUUGGGUGGGGUGUGGGGGGGCCUUCCUCACCGGGAUGUAUCAGUCGGCAGCAGCUUGAAAAACAUGCAGCAGAGCUUUUUUUUUUAUUAUGAAUUCAGUCUGUUAUGGCCUUUGAUUAACAAUGUUGCUUUGGUACUUCUUCUUUUUAGGAAGCUUGUUUUGUCGUGUUGUAAUGUCAAAGUAGCAUGACGAUGGUUUCAGGUCUGGACUGUGUGCGCAGUGUGUGUGUUUGUGGAUGCAUGCGGGUGUGUGCGUGUGUCAGACCUAACUCCUCAUGGCCUGCUCUUAAAAACAAACCCCCCUGUUCCUGUACAACAUGAAUGUGGAAUUACAGUCGGUAUACUCGGACUCGUGCUCUGUAAACGUACUACUGCUCUAAGUCAUGCGGCGGGGCCUUAGCGUAGCUGUGGAGCCUGGCAGUGAGAUUAUUAGAGGACGUACUAAUGUUGACGACCCUGCAGUACCAGACAGGCUAGUGUUGUGUGACCCGUGGCGGCUGAAACGUUUUUCGUUCUGUCUUUGUCUUUCAUUUCGUCGGCCGGCUGGCUCUGGGUUUUCUUGUCUCCAGCUCGGUCCGGUGUUAACGAAACAAACAAACAAACAAAAAAAAAAAAAGUCAUCGUUUUACUUUGGUAAUAUAUUAUUGUAUUAUGAUUAUAAAUAUUGUUAUUCUAAUUAAUUCAGAAGUGCUUCACUGCUGCUACUAUUGUUAGUGCUAAACAAUUAAGCCUUAAAUGUACAUUUGUGAAUAUUGUGUUUAACCGUCAUCCUUGUUUCUUUAAAGUGACAGUAUCAUCUGUUUCUCCAGUCCGUAAUGUAGCAUACUUGAAAGUUCAAGCGGCUUGUUGUCAGGCUGUCGACUCUUCAGUGUUUUAAGCAUUUCUUUUUUUUAUAUAUAUCUUCUAUACGUAGUCUCUGUAUAGCAACAGUUAGGACGCAAACAAAAUGCUUUGGGAAUGGAUCGCAGCCGUUUGGUAAAACUCUUUCACAUCUGUUCACUUUCCCCCCCCCCCACCCUGCUGAGAGGGAGUGAUUGCAGAGGCUUUUAAAUAGUAGGCUCAUGGGUUUGCUGGCCCACCCCCAAGUCUACGAUAAAAAUCAGUGUUUGGGCCAACUGUAAGAAUAAACUCAGGAAUAACGUUUGUCGAAACCAGUGGCUGUCACAAACCGGAGGAGGCUCAUUGGCUUAGAUAGCAGCCCCCCAGGUAGCCAAAAGUAUCCGCUCAAUGAAGUCACACAAGUAGCCUAUUACCUUUCUUUGUCAUGUUAAAACUUGCACACUUUGUUUUUCCUUUUUUCUUUUUUUUUUUUGUUUGUAUUAUUUCCAGUGUUGGCGGCGACUAGCGACAGCAGCUUCAUUUCAUUGGUACUAUGAAUGAUUAACUUCAUGCAUGGAGCUUUUAGGUACAUUGACCUGAACCUCUCCCAGCAUAUGAAGAAUGUUUUUGUUUUUUGUUUUUUUCUUAGGAGGGUGUCAAUCAUGUCAAUAGCUAAUCAGCCCGUAGUUGAUUCGGGGUCAUGCAGUGGGCUGACUGGACGCCAUCUCUGCGCUGUCUGACCGUCUCCUACUUCCUCGUUUUGUUUUGUUUUUCUGUUCCUAGUUGCCUUGAGAAACUUCUUGAAUGAUGGGUUGACAGUCGGGGAGGUCCCCAAUCCUCAAUACUGUGCCGGUGUUUUGUUUCGAGGACAGCGUGUCACUGUCGUGUAUUAUUUACCUUUUUAUUUCGUUUUUGCACAGGAUACCAAUUUGUGCUUUGAUACUGUCACUCUAAAGAAAACCAAAUUGUACAAAGUUAGUGAUAUGAAACCAGAAAAAAAAUGGCUUUUUAAAUUCAGUUUGCAUUCCUGUAUUUUGUUCCAAAGUUUGUUUGUUUUUAUUGUUUACUUAAUGUGAAUAAUUCUGUGAGCAGUGCCAUACGUUUAGAAUAAGGCCUUGUUUUUGAAGAGCGUUUGUUUAGGCGUUGAUCUCAACCCGUUGGUCUCUGAAGGCUGAUGAUGUGUGCGGUGUUGCUUGUAUUGCUCUGUCCUCUCUGCCCCUUCAGCCCCCAAUCAGGACUCAUCCGUGAGCUCGGCCGCUGCUCUGCGAACGGCCUCGGCUCCUCCCAGGUCAGCGCUCAGGCCUCAGGGAUGCUCGGUGCCUGACCAGCCCCUUCCGUUCCCCUCAGCUCAGCACCGAUGUUGGGUCAUUUCAAUUCUCCACCAGAAGAGGGAGCCGUCGUUCCACGUAGCCGCGUCCGCUUCUCAUCAGUAAAAAGGCAUUCAUUCAUUUUUCUUUCUUUUUUUUUUUUUUUGAUGGUUUUUAAA